CUCAGGCCCGGGGCAGCGGCGCGCGCGCGGGGAGCCGGGUCGCGCAGGAGCCGCCUGCGGUCAUGGAGCCGGGCUCCGGGCUGCAGCGCAGGGGCGGCGCGGGGCGGGAGUUCGCGGCGGGGGGCUCCCCGGCGCUCUCGGGGCCGCAGUCCCGCCGCAGGAAGCAGCCGCCGCGCCCGGCCGACUUCAAGCUGCAGGUCAUCAUCAUCGGCUCGCGGGGCGUGGGCAAGACCAGCCUGAUGGAGCGCUUCACCGACGACACCUUCUGCGAGGCCUGCAAGUCCACCGUGGGUGUUGAUUUUAAAAUCAAAACAGUAGAGCUAAGAGGAAAGAAAAUUAGAUUACAAAUCUGGGACACAGCAGGUCAGGAGAGAUUCAACAGCAUUACCUCAGCUUAUUACAGAAGUGCCAAGGGAAUCAUAUUGGUGUAUGAUAUCACCAAGAAGGAGACAUUUGAGGAUUUACCAAAAUGGAUGAAAAUGAUUGAUAAGUAUGCCUCAGAAGAUGCAGAGCUUCUACUGGUUGGAAAUAAGUUGGACUGUGAAGUUGACAGAGAGAUUACUCGACAACAGGGAGAAAAGUUUGCACAGCAAAUAACUGGGAUGCGGUUCUGUGAAGCAAGUGCCAAGGAUAAUUUUAAUGUGGAUGAAAUAUUUCUGAAACUUGUAGAUGACAUCCUGAAAAAGAUGCCUCUGGAUAUUAUGAGGAAUGAGUUGUCCAACAGUAUACUGUCCCUGCAACCAGAGCCAGAAAUCCCACCUGAACUGCCUCCGCCGAGACCACACGUCCGUUGCUGUUGACUUGUUGCUUCAUACAGAGUGGGAGAGAGAAGAAAGGGUCUGCACUACAAUCAUUUGGCAGUUUCGUGUUGCACUUUGUUUUUCAAGUCAGAACUACACACUUAUUUGUAAAUAUGCAAAUAUGCAAUCCUGUGUAAGAUUCAGUUGCAACAGUUAAAUAUUGCCCCUCUUCCCCAAAAUAGUAUAUUUCAUUCAUCACCGUAGUGUUAUAAAUAUUGUACAGUAUAGGGGGAACUGCCACACUCCAAGUCUAGGAGGAGGAGAAAUUAAAUCUAUACUUAUUCUUGACAUAAAUAUUGUAAUAGUCCUUGUUAUUAUAAACAGGCAAGCAGAAGCUCUUCUUGUAUGAAGAUAAGUAUAUGGUGCUUUGCUAACUAUUUUAAAGAUGAAUUUUUUUAAAACUGAAAACUUUAUGUACAAAGCUUCCAUAACCUUCAUUGUUUCCUUUAAUAUAUUCAGAUGAUUUUUUUUUUUUUGGGGGGGGGGAGUGUGGUGGAGCUGUAGCAUCUUCAGCUGACUAGAUCUACAGCAAAGCUACUUGUAAUUUCCAGCAAUCUGUCUAAUUAUUUAUUAUGUUUAAUAGUAGACCAUUGCUUUGUGUAUUAAGACAUCACAUUUGGUGCAAUUCUAAGGGUGCAGUGUCAACUCACACAUUUAAUUUUCUGCUUAAACAUAAGCUAGGUUGCAAGAAAAGUGGAGAUGUAUUUUGAAUUCUAAAAGAUGGUAUGAAAAGCAAUGCUGCUGUCCUAGACAAAUUCUUUUUAAAAGGAAUUUAAUACAUUUUCCUGUGUUGAGGGAAUAUAUAUGUGUAUUUGUCUGAACAUCUAGGUGGGUGGGAGGGGUUUAUGGAAAACCAUUUUUCUUCCCUAAUGGUGGAAAUUAUUCCCAUCAAGCAUAUACUGUGUUAGGUUUUUGUCUGAUAAUGACUUUGUGAACUAUAUCUUUGGUAUAUCUUUUAUUACAAUGCACUGUUUAGUUUAGUCGUGGUAAAUCAGUAGUUACAUAUUCGAAUAACUUGCUGUGUCCUGAAUGUUGUGGUAUUGAAAAGCAUUGUGAUCUUUCUAAACUAAUGAAAUGCAAAUAAAAUUUUGUAUUUAUGAAUGACAGCGGAGCUGCACCUGUUAUUAGAAUGGCAAAUAUACCUGAUGGUGGACAAAAGGUAAAAUCAGUGAUAUAGAACAGCUUUUAAAAAAAAAUUCCUUAUAAAGAUCUGAUUCUCAGCCUUUACAUUUAUUUUUCAAGAUAGGAAAAACAAGGCGCAUUAAUAGCUUGCCUUGAAUACUGCACUAUUGGGAUGAUCUAGCCAAAUUGGUAUUCUGUCAUGGCAUGUGACUGCUUUUCGUGACAUCUUGGGAGGCAGUAGCAAAACUAUUUAUGACCCAUGGGGACACAAAUGUAAACCAAUCUUUUGCAAAAUAUAGCUUAUCACUACUUUUUUUAUUCUCUGGUGUCUGAAAUAUCUUACCAAUUUUGCCAUUGUUCCACCCUAAACAUUUACGCAGACAUAAUAAUGUAUACCCCGGACUUCUCUGGUUUCUCGUGAGUUUUCUGGAAGGAACAAAGCACUCAAAAUAAUUGGUGGUAAUUUAUACUUUGCCCAAAGGAUCUUAGAGCUGUAGGGCUGCUGAAUAAGUUAUUACAUUCUGCACACAAUACUGUGCAGGGAACACAUGUUUGGCACAUACAGUUUCAACUAACAAACUGAGGAAGCCUGGUUGAAAAUUGUACUUAUGUCUUCUGCCACCUUGUGCCUAAAUGGUUAGCUGUUUUUACAUAGUGAACUUGUGGUUUACUCUAAUACUAACAGAUGAAAUCCACCAUUUUCUAUAGCAUUUGUAGGAUUUCUGAAGGUACUGUGGGCAAUAGCAAGGAAGGGAAAGUUAUGGAAAAAUAAGUUUUAACUUGACAACGAUUAUUUCAGCUGACUUGUUUUUACCUGUAUUUAGAAAUUUGUUGUGAAUUUUUUCUGCAAUUUUUGAAUUUAAUAAAAAUUAAGAAAACUGA